AGUGUCUCUCACACUCGCGCUCUCUCGAUAGCUCGAUCGCUCGCUCGCUCUCGGUUCAAAGGGCUAGCCGCCUUUAAACGUUUCAGAGCAAAAAUGUAUAUGGGUUUGCGAGUUUGUUACCGCAGUUGAGGUUUCAAACGUACGCAAUUCUAAACGUUUUAACGUUAUUACUGCGUCACGUCACCAGCAGUGUUGAGUUGGGAAUCUACCUGUUACUGCAGACUGUGACAUUACUGAGUCAUGUCAUACAGCUCCAGCAAUUGUGAGGGGGCAGGGGGUCCUGGAGCUCAUCCCAAGCAUCGUAGUAGCAUCAAAAACAGGCCAUACCAAGAGCGCUGUGUUGACCCAGUCAAACCUGAGACCCACUACCCUGGAGCAGUCCAUAAGAUCUGCCACAGGGAAGCUAAUGGCAAUGCCGUUGAGCCAGAGACAGUCAGGUUUUUACCUGCCAAAGUAGAACCUGCAUCAGGUUCCUGUACAUGUGCUCCCUGUGCCUCUGUGAACAGUUGUAGGACAUUUGUGUGUAGCGUGUUGACAUGUGGACUGUUCCGAGUGUGCAGGCGUUUGCCGUGUCUGAUGCCUGGGGACAACUCGGGGGAUGACACGGAGGUGAAAACUGUGUCCGAGCCAGGUAAUAACGGCUUCUAUUCGGAUCUUCGUAUUCGCGGCAUAAAGGUGGACACAUCCGUUAUCGAGGAGGACCAGGAGCAGGGCUCAUUUAGCCCUUCUAAGUUGGAGCUGGACAGCCCAGCCUAUCCAAGCAGCAGUAUCCAUUUCAGCAGCCUACAAGAGGAGCACUUUAUUUACGAAGGAACUGAUGAGGACGUGGACUCAUUAAUCACACGUAAGCUCCUGGAGGUGUUCUCGGAGUUUGAGAUUAAUGAGCUAGCAAAGUGUACGUCAGACUCCAUGUUCCUGAAGCGCUCCCAGGAGAUCAGUCAGCUCAUCUCCGACAUCGUCCAGGAGCACCACAUCAAGGAGCAGGAGGCAGAGUGCCGGUUGGUGCGCGAGAUCAUCCGCAUCAGCACGCGCAAAAGCAAGAAGAAGCUGCCCAUUCGGCAGCAGGAGCCCCAGAGAGACAGCGGCAAUGACACGUGGAGGAGCGGCAAUAGCAGCAGCAAGAAGAACAGUUUCAACUCCAUCGGUGAUGGCAGCCUGAAAAUUUCAGAGGAGAGAUCAGAUGACAUAGAAGCCAGAAAGCUGAGAAACAACAGUAACCAGUCGUACUCUUCGAGCUCCCCUGGGCCAUACUCUCCGAGCUUCCAGGGUACAGUCACGCCUGUCACAUCGGACACUCCUCUGCUACCUUAUAGUGUGCGAGCCUGAGUUGGCAGUUUGGCCUUUUCCGAAGAGACCUCCUGACGACUCGAAAACUAAUGAAGUAACUUGAGGAAGAGAGAACGUAUGCUGAAUAUGUGUAUGACCUAAAGGGAUGGAUUGCUAUCAGUUCGUUUGAAGUGUAGCAUAGCAAGGAAUUAUAUUUCUAUUUGCAAGUAGAACAGUUGCUGGAUUUGUUACUUUGGACUCCACUGCUUCUGCUUGGAGUUUGUUUCAUCACUGCCUGUCCGUGAUAACUGAACCUAGUAAGAGUGGUUAAACUCUUAAGAAAGUGGCAAUAACACUCAAACAUUCCAACUUCUAUAUAGCUGACAUCAGUAGCAUAUUGGAUUUGAUAUCCUUUUGAUUUUUUUAAUUCUAUUUGUUGGAAGAACCACUGUUGCACUUUCUUUAAAUGGGCACUGAAGGAUAUACACUGUCAGCUUUUUUUUCCCUCAUAGUUCUUUAUAACCUGUUGGUGUGAAGUACAGCAGUACCUCAGGGUCAUCUUUAUGUACCCUGUGUAUGGACUGCCCAACAGACUAUGGAGGUCGUUUAAAAAAAUUAUGCUAGUGCUUGAUUGUUUUACAAAGUGGCACUGUGUUCACUUUUUGUAUAUAGUAAUGUCUUCUCUUCAUGCAAAUGUCCAGAGUGUAGAUUUGAUUUUGUGUAACUUUGAAUGAUAUGUAUAUUUUAAAUGCAAAAUUUAAUAUUGUCACACUGAAGGAUGACCCAGUAGAUGUGUCUAAUCUCUACAUAGUUCUAGACUAAAUUAUGGUGCAGUUGGAGACAAGGCUUUGUCUCGGAUAGAAAACCUUAAGAGUUCGAUAGAGCAAUAAUAUAUUAAUUCUUUUUACUCCAAAUAAACUUUGUAUGAAUGUGACUUUUGAAGUGAAAAAUAUAAGCUAAAUGCAGGAAAUGUGGAAAUUCUGACGAUUGUACACUUUUUUCCAUUUUUAGUGUUAUAUGGGAAAUGUUUUGUAAAUAGUCAUUGUAAAUGAAA